UUUACCAAGUCUAUUUGACUGACCGACCGUGAAAGUUCUAGUUCACGUUUCGGAGCAGUAGUCUUGGAGCAGGAAUCAUUUUGAUUAUUUCUAGGUAUCAUUGCCCUUGUGAUCGAAUUGGUUAAUCUUCUUCGGAGAUUUUUUUUUAGUAACACUGGAUCAUCAAUGUGGGAUCAAUCCAGAUUUUCAUUUUAGGUUCUUACAAAAAGAAAAUUAGAUCAUGGUGUCCUGCGGGAAUGGCAUUUUUUCAGUAUGCCAAGCACUCUUUAGUCCAGAAAAUUCCCUUUUUGCAGAACCUUGUAGAUUCUUCCCCAACCCAGCAAUUAUCAAACCCCAACAACUCAAUCUUUUUGCCUUGUGUGGUCUAGUUAUCGCCUUAACCUUGAUGCAUAAAAGAGUGGAAAGCACACACGGUGUACGAAGGCUACGAAGCAGAUGAUGACCAAAUUCGCUGGUUUCGGAAGCUUGAACGUUGGAUAAUAGUUACACAAACAACAACUUAUGCACUCGAAGGAGUGAGAUUUGACAGGCAAUAGCUCUCCCAUGUGAGUAUGUGACCAUCUUUGUAUUCGGCUCAGACGCUUCUUCUGCUGUUGGUUCUGCUGUAACCAGGGAGAAAAGUAAUUUCUCAUAGACUGCCCAAAGCUGAAAUAAGAGGGUUCCAGCAUCCUUGCUGGACUCGGAAAGCUGGUCAAUGAGUUGGGUGCUGAAACAUGGUUCAAGAAUUUUAAGUUGAAAACAAUAGGUAGAAAUUGGUAUUGUAAUUAGAAUCAUUUGAUGGUUUCCAAAUAGUUUACAAAUAUGGAGGAGGCUCUUUGGAGGAGAUCAACAGUUUCCAACUAUAGUUAUUCUGGUUUUGAUAGAAAAACCAAAGCUCCUAAAACUGUGCGUGGGUAUAAGGUGGAAAAGCGUUUAUAAGCGUUUAAAAUCCUUUAAGAAGAAUUGCAUUCUUCAGGCUGGAGAAGGGAACACCAUUUGUUUUUGGGAGGAUCAAUGGGUGGGUUCUCAACUCUCUUCUCAAACAUCUACUCAAUUAGCUCUACAAAGAAGUGGACUAUUGGUAAUUGUGCUGCAACUCUUCAAGGAGGUGAAUCCUGGAACUUAGGCUUGGAUAGACGCCUUCUGCAGACUCAAGUAGACGAGGAGGUCAUGGGAUAACAGUGAUGGCCGCAGAUGCAAAAGAAGUUGAGAAGUUUAAAGUUGGAGUGGUUCUUGAUUUGGAUGUAGCCGAGGUUAAGGUUUGCGUGACUUCCAUGAACAUGGCUCUCCAUGACUUCAAUGCAUCUCGUAAGAGAAAAUUGGAUUUCCAUUUUCGGAAUUCUAAGGAAAAUAUCCUAGAUGCAGCUUCUGCUGCUAUAGAUCUGAUAAAACAUGAAGAAGUGCAGGCUAUCAUUGGACCAACGACAUCAGCACAAACUGUUUUCAUGAUGCACCUCGGAGACAGAUCUCACGUUCCAGUUAUUUCUUUCAGUGCAACAAAUCCUUCUAUUUCGCCAUCUCAGAAUCCCUACUUCAUUCGCACAACACUAGACGAUACGUCUCAAGUAAAUGCUAUUGCUGCCAUUGUUGAAGCUUUUGGAUGGAGAGAAGCUGUACCUCUUUAUGCAGAUACCGAAUACGGGAACGGUAUUAUUCCAUAUUUGGUAGAUGCGCUUCAAGAUAUCAACACCAGAGUUCCUUAUAGGAGUGUAUUUCCGAGUUCAGCUACCGAUGAGCAAAUAGACGAUGAGCUUAAUAGAUUAAUAAGAAUGCAAACUAGAGUGUUCAUUGUGCAUAUGACCGCGCCACUCGGAGUGCGCAUUUUUGCUAAAGCCAAAGAACUUGAUAUGAUGACUGAAGGGUACUGUUGGAUAAUCACGGAUGGAUUGGGCGAUUACUUAAGUUCAUUUGAUUCUGCUAUUAUUGAUACAAUGGAGGGAGUAAUAGGUAUAAGACCCUAUGUUCCAGAAUCAGAAAAUCUCAAGUCAUUUAGAGUCAGAUGGGAAAAAGAGUUUCGAAAAGAGAAUCCAGAUGUGCACGUCAAGUUAGAUAUGUUUGGCAUAUGGGCAUAUGAUACAGUUGUAGCAUUAGUCAGCGCAGUUGAGAAACUUGAAAGUCUUAAUCCUAAAUUCGACAAGGGAAAGGUAGCAGCUGAUUCAAGCGAUGUGGUGAGAAUGGGUGUUUCACAAAUAGGCCCUGAACUAUUGGGAGAAAUUUCAAAUAUCACACUCAAAGGCGCACUGAGUGGGAGAUUCAAUAUCGUCAAAGGGCAGUUGCAGUAUAAUACCUUUCAAAUACUCAAUGUCAUUGGAAAUGGGCCUAGACAAAUUGGAAUCUGGACACCUUCACAUGGAAUUACAAGGAAUAUCAGUUUAGUUCGUAAUAAUAAAAGCACAACAGCAGAUAAAGAUAAUUUGGGCACUAUUAUAUGGCCUGGAGAUAAACCUUUUGCUCCAAAAGGUUGGGAAAUCCCGACAAAGGGGAAAAAGUUACAGAUUGGAGUUCCAUUAAAAAAAGGUUUUACCGAAUUCUUGAAAGCAACACAAAAUUCAAGUGUUGUUACUGGUUACAGCGCAGAAGUUUUUGAUGCUGCAAUAAAGCUUCUGAACUAUAGUGUACGUUAUGAAUUUGUUCCUUAUAACACGAGUAAACCUGGAAGUUACGAUGAUCUUGUAUUUGGAGUGAGUGAUCAGAGAUUUGAUGCUGCAGUUGGAGAUAUUACUAUCACAUUCGAUCGAUCAAAGCGGGUUGAUUUUACAUUACCGUAUAAUGAAGGCGGGGUAUCAAUGGUUGUGUUAGCAAAACAAGACAUGAGUAAGAAUGCUUGGAUAUUCCUCAGGCCAUUAGAGUGGAAACUUUGGGUAACAACAGGUGCUUUCUUUCUUAUCAUUGGUGCUGCCAUUUGGAUUCUCGAACACAGAGUGAACCGAGAGUUCAGAGGAGGGCCUCAUUCUGCUUACCAGUUGGGCACAAUGCUUUCAUUCUCCUUCUCAACUCUCGUAUUCGCUCAGAAGGAAAGGGUGCUAAGCACUUUGGGUAGGAUUGUUAUGGGGAUAUGGCUUUUUGUCGUGUUAAUUCUCACACAAAGUUAUACAGCUAAUUUGGCAUCCAUGUUAACCAUAAGGCGACUUGAGCCAACCUACACUGAUGUUAAGGAACUUAUCCGAUAUGGGUACAGUGUAGGUUAUCAAGAAGGUACAUUUGUGUUGGACCAGUUAAAGGAAAUGAAAUUUGAUGUGUCAAAAUUAAAAACUUACAACAAUCCUGAAGAAUUUGACGACCUUUUCUCCAAAGGACCAGGUAAGGGUGGUAUUGUGGCUGCUUUUGAGGAGCUCCCUUACAUCGAACUCCUCCUCACAAAAUAUUGCGAUAAGUACAUGAUGGUUGGCGAAAUCUAUCAAAAUGACGGAUGGUCGUUUGUCUUCCCGAAAGGUUCCCCUUUAGGUCCUGAUAUUUCGCGGACAAUCCUAAAAUUAAGAGAGAAUGGUACAACAAAGAAGAUCCAAGAAGGUGCUUUCGGGAGCACCUUGAAAAGAACUUGUUCAGACAUCAACCCUUUGGACUCCUCGACUAGUCUCAAACUGGACAGCUUCCGGGUCCUUUUCUGGCUUACAGGAGGCUUUGUAGUUUUUGCCGUUUUUGUGUUCUUUGCUAUGUUCUUGUGGGAAAGUAGGCAAAUCUUGGUCGAUUCCGACACCACAGUUUCGCAAAAGUUCACCCAUUUGCUCAACGAGUUCUAUAAAUAUGAUGAAAGGCGCUUGAUCACGUAUUUUGAAUACCAACAUGUGCGUAAAGAUCAAAAUAAAGCUGUUGUUCAUGCAUCGGAUACUAAUGGCUUAGGCGAAGCUGCACGCGGAUAUUUACCUAGUGAAGGUGUUGUUGAUAAUGAAGGUCCUAUUAUACAAGCUGUGCAUCAAGAUUUCGGCCUGGUCUGUAGUGGAGAUCAUGCAGCAGAUGGUGACAGUAUUACAGAUGAAGAUGUUGAUCCCUUUUUGCAUAAUAUCGUAGGUGGUGGAGAUCAACCUACUCCAGGGGAUGCCAAUCUACAUCAAAUCCAAUUGUCCGAGAUUCGACAUCGUAAACCUUAAGCGAUGCCUUGAUUUUGAAGGGGAUUUAUCUGAAGCGUAUCAUAUAUCAUUACAAUUUGUUUAGGUCGUCUAAUUUUGUUGUUUUCUUUAAAUUAUUUUUGUUAAUCAUAUUGGAAAAAGAAAAUCGUGGGAGAGUGGCUUUGUAACCACUUGACGACGGAGGAAAAUACUAGUCCAAUAAAUAAUAAAAAACAAAAGGUUACACCUAUUUA